UCUUUUUUUUCCUGAAUCAAUAAAAUGAACAAAAUCAAGAAAAAAUCGCUAAGAACAUCUCUCUCAUACAUUUCUGUAUCAUUUAACCAAGUAUCUGCUACAUUUACUUAUAUAUUUUUAGGUUAUAUUUCUUACAGUGUCAGAAAAAAAGAAUCUCUUAAAAUGCUACGAAACUAUGAGGGUGUUCGAUUUCUUUCGAAUAAGCAAAUGGUGAUAUUUGAUAUUGGUAGCGCAUACACAAAAUUUGGUUAUGCGGGCGAGCCUACUCCACGUGGUAUAAUAAGAACAGAAAUUAAAUGUCCAGAAACUAAAGAACUUCGAAGAAUUUACGAUUACAAAAACACAGAAGAUUUAUAUCAAUUGCUAGUCGAAUUUCUUCAUGCUUUAUUUUUCAGACAUGUUGUGUUAAGUCCAAAGGAUGCGAGAAUUGUCGUUUUGGAAUCUUUAUUAUCUCCUACACAAUUUAGAAAUACAUUAGCUAAGGUAUUAUUUAGGCACUUUGAAAUCGGAUCCUUAAUGUUGUUACCUACCCAUUUAGCAACUAUUAGCACUUUGGGUAUUAAUUCAGCUUUAGUUUUGGAUGUUGGUUAUAAAGAAGCUACAUUAAUUCCAAUUUUUGAGGGUGAACCAAUUCUAAAAGCAUGGCAAGCUCUUCCUUUAGGUGGCCAAGUUGUACAUGAAUAUUUGAUGAAAUCUCUAAAAGAAUUGUAUCCUAAUGUAGAUGUAACAGAAAAAAUGGUAGAAGAUAUAAAAGUAAGAACAUGUUUUGUUACUACAUUGGAAAGAUCUGUUAAAUUAGGAACAACAGAAGCUCCUAAUCCUCCUCCAUUUGUUAAAUAUCCUGGAGUUAAAAGUAUUGAUAUUCCUGGUGAAGUUAGAGAAAAAGCAUUUGAAGUAUUAUGGGAAAGAGAUAAUGAUAAUCUUAGUCUACCUACAAUGAUUUUAAAUGCUAUUAUGCAGUGUCCAAUAGAUGUUAGACGAGUUUUGGCAGAAAAUAUACUUUUAAUUGGUGGCACAACAAUGACAAAAGGAUUUGCAAGUCGUCUUAAAUCUGAACUUUUAAAUCUUGUAAGGAGUGAUCUUUAUUCUGAAAAAUUAAAAAUUCAAAAAUUUAUGUUUCACACUGCACCUAGCAAACCUAAUUAUACUGCAUGGUUAGGAGGUGCUAUCUUUGGAACUGUAGAUUUACCAUUAAGAUGUUUGACAAAAGAAAAUUAUUUGAAAUCUGAUAGAGUUCCAGAUUGGGUCAAUUUGAUAGAUAAUCAAAGAGACGAAUUAAUCAUUUUGGAAACUUAAAAUUGCCUAAUUCAAUAAAAUAUUUUUAUUUUGUAACAAAAAGAGCAUAUAUAUAUGAUAUAUAUAAAAUGCAAUUUUAUUUAUUUUCUAUUUUUUAUUUUUCAUAUUAAUGUCUUAAAAACCUACGAAUAUUAUUGUAAUUUAUAUUAUCAAAUAAAUAAGAAUUUUAAAAUUUAAAA